ACCCUCUUCACCCAUCAAAAAGGUGAGGGGCAAAACUCUCGCUCUCAGCGUCUCAUCAAUCCACACCGGCACGCCGUCCCCCUGUCAACUCAAAGUUCUCAGCCUCUCUCUGUCUCUCAGACUCUCACGCAUCCGCCAUCCGUCACGCAGGUAUCCUCUCUCGUCGCCUCUUGGCGCUCCAGUUUCUGCGCUCCGAGCGAUUCAGUUUGGAGAGAGGUUUCACCUAGUGAUAAGAACUGUAAUCGGCAAUGGCUUCCGAUGCGGACAUGGAGGAUUACGGAUUUGAGUACUCGGAAGAGGAGCAAGAGGAGCAAGAUGUUGACAUUGAAAAUCAGUACUACAAUGCAAAAGGAUUGGUCGAAACUGAUCCGGAAGGUGCAUUGGCUGGUUUUGCUGAAGUAGUUCGUAUGGAAGCAGAGAAGGCAGAGUGGGGAUUUAAGGCUCUGAAACAAACUGUAAAGCUUUAUUAUCGGUUAGGAAAGUAUGAACUAAUGAUGCAAGCCUAUAGGGAAAUGUUGACUUACAUUAAGUCGGCGGUGACACGAAACUAUAGUGAAAAAUGUAUAAAUAGUAUCAUGGAUUUCGUUUCUGGGUCAGCCAGUCAGAACUUUGGGCUUCUGCAAGAGUUCUACCAGACCACUCUGAAGGCCCUUGAAGAGGCAAAAAAUGAGAGACUGUGGUUUAAAACAAAUCUCAAGCUCUGCAAGAUUUGGUUUGACAUGGGUGAAUAUGGGCGAAUGAGUAAGAUUUUGAAGGAGCUUCACAAAUCCUGCCGAAAAGAAGAUGGCACGGAUGACCACAAGAAAGGAACACAACUUUUGGAAGUAUAUGCAAUAGAGAUUCAAAUGUACACUGAGACCAAGAAUAACAAAAAACUCAAGCAUCUAUACCAGCAAGCACUCACAAUCAAAUCAGCAAUACCCCAUCCAAGGAUAAUGGGGAUAAUUCAUGAAUGUGGGGGUAAAAUGCACAUGGCGGAGCGCCUUUGGGCAGAAGCAGCUACUGAUUUCUUUGAAGCUUUUAAGAACUAUGAUGAAGCUGGAAAUCAGCGGCGUAUCCAAUGCUUGAAAUAUCUGGUUCUUGCCAACAUGCUGAUGGAAUCUGAAGUUAAUCCAUUCGAUGGGCAGGAGGCCAAGCCAUACAAAAAUGACCCUGAAAUUUUAGCAAUGACAAAUCUAAUAGCAGCCUAUCAACGAAAUGAAAUAUUGGAGUUUGAGAAAAUCCUGAAGAGUAACAGAAGAACAAUUAUGGACGAUCCAUUUAUCAGAAACUAUAUCGAGGAUCUCCUAAAAAAUAUUAGAACGCAAGUCUUGCUCAAGCUCAUCAAACCUUAUACAAGGAUCAGGAUUCCGUUCAUAUCUAAGGAGCUUAACGUGCCGGAGCAAGAUGUAGAGCAGCUGUUGGUGUCACUAAUAUUGGAUAACAGAAUCCAUGGGCACAUCGAUCAGGUGAAUCGGCUGCUAGAGUGCUGGGACAGGUCAAAGGGAACGAAAAAGUAUGCUGCUGUGGAGAAAUGGAACACACAGCUUAAGUCUCUCUACCAAACUAUUAACAACAGAGUUUGCUAGGAUUUGUUUUUUGGGGUCCACUUGGUGUUUUUGUCAUGUAAUAUUGAGAUGAGUUUUGUCCUCUCCCAGUGUAAGGCAAAGUACCUGGAAAACAAAUUUUUUUUUCCUUGAUUAUUUCAUUUUACCAUAACUAUCUUCGCGUGAAAGGUUUGUGAGUUAAAAGAGGCCAAAUCCAUACCAACAAUUUCUACUUAUCUCGUGAUUGUAUUAUUUCUUGCUUGCUGGGUUGUCUUGAUUGUAUUCUUCUUCUGUUAAGUACAGUUCAAGGCUUCAACGGGAGGGUCCUUUUAGAACAAACAAAAAUCAAGCAUUAUUCUGUUUUAUCAACAACAUCACGAAUAUCCAUUUAGAAAACAAAAUCUAUUCGAAGUUAUUAUUACUACC